CUUCUUGCUCUGUGGAGGGACCUCUCGGGAUGGAAGAUGGUCGCAUCCGGGAUGAACGCAUCACAGCUUCGUCUUUUAAGUUCAACCUCGCUAGCUACGUCCCACCCAGGGCCAGGCUUAAUUUUCAAGGACGCGCUGCAGGGUGGGUUAACGAUUACCGCACUGAUAAAAGUCCAUGGAUACAGGUUGACUUCGUUGGCACAGUCACCAUCACUGGUCUGAUCACCCAGGGGCGUGGAGACAUCGACCAGUGGGUGACGGAGUACCAAGUGACGUACAGUGAUGACGGUCAGUCCUGGAAUAACGUGAUUGAUGCAGACGGCACACCAAUAAAGUUCCCUGGUAACAAGGACAGGAACACCCUGGUAACUACUCGCCUGCCGUUUGCCUUGCGCACCAGAAUCCUGCGCAUUCACCCCACUGACUGGAAAUCGUCCUGUAGCAUGAGGUUUGAAGUGAUUGGCUGCUAUUAAGUCAGACUUAUUACAUUGCCGACGAGUGAGUCAAGUGAUUUCAACGUUAAAAGUAGCUCUGUCGUAGAACCAAACGAAAAUAUUCAUGCUUGUAAAUACCGGCUAUACUCAAGAAUAAUUCGGUAAUUUGAAUGAAAUUUGAUGAAUAUUAUUAGUUCUUUUUAUUUUUUUUUCAAAUUUGUGAAUCUAUAUUACUGAUGCAUUUAAAAUGCAUACUGGUUAAUCGUUAGUCAGGGUGUACGUAUAGAUAAUUAGCUGAUUGGUAAGACUUAGAGUGAAAACAAACCCUGGGAGUACACUUUAUAAAGAAAGGCAAAUCUCCAGAAAAAUCUGGACCGUCCUAGAGCAAGCUUGCUUUUUUCCUGUGACUUAAUAUAACUUUAGAACAUGACAACGAAUACGAGAAAUGUUAUGUACGAAUUUAAGAAAGAAUUAUCCUCGUAAUAAAAAAAAGAAGAAUUA